GCCACCGUUUGCUUCCUUUUUCAUUGAUUCUCUUCUUUUUCCUCAGAGAUUCCAACACCCUUUUUGCGUAUAAUUACAAAGAGAGGAAAAUUAAAUAGAAGAAAGGUGGUGUAAAGUUUUGAGCUUUUUUUAUUGUAUUGAGUAAUUAUGGUGGAUGGGCAUGUAUCAGCUGGUUCAAGAAAUGAGAACGGUACAACACCCAGAAAUAAUAAUGUGGAAAUUUCAAUAGCAACAGCGUCAUCAAUGUUUCCUGGUUUCAGGUUUUCACCAACGGACGAAGAACUCAUAUCAUAUUACUUGAAAAAGAAACUUGAGGGGUCUGAUAAGUGUGUUGAAGUUAUUUCUGAGGUUGAGAUUUGGAAACAUGAACCUUGGGAUUUACCAGCAAAAUCCGUCAUUCAAUCAGAUAAUGAAUGGUUCUUCUUUUCUCCUCGUGGAAGGAAGUAUCCAAACGGGUCGCAAAGUAAAAGGGCAACUGAAUCUGGUUACUGGAAGGCCACAGGAAAAGAACGUAAUGUGAAAUCUGGUUCGAAUCUCAUUGGCACAAAGAGAACUCUGGUGUUCCACACUGGUCGAGCACCUAAAGGACAGAGGACACAUUGGAUAAUGCAUGAAUAUUGCAUGAGCGGAAACACUAAUUAUCAGGAUUCUAUGGUUGUCUGCCGCCUCCGGAAGAAUAGUGAGUUUCAUUUGAAUGACACCCCAAGAAAUCAAAGGAAUCAACUGGCUGCUACCGCUACUGCAACCGCUCAGUCUGGAGCAGGACAAUUGGGCAGCUUGGAAUUGGUCACUGUAGGGGAUUGCUGUUGUUCAAAGGAAGGGAGUAGCAGUUUUUAUUCCCAUUCGGUUGAGCAGAUUGACUCUGGAUCAGAAUCUGAUAAACCAACUAAAGAGUUCUCUCAGCACGAUUCCUCUGGCCACUUCAAGGACUGUGAUGGCGAGGAGGACUGGUUUGCUGAUAUAAUGAAAGAUGAUAUCAUUAAGCUAGACGAAUCUUCGUUGAAUGCCCAACCUAUUUCCAUGGUUCCCAGUAGGCCUGAAUCCUCGAUAUCAACUCAUGAAGCUCGAGCUGCGAUGUCCGGUGUGGCUCCUUUCCAGGGCACCGCUAAUCGAAGACUCAGACUAGUAAGGGAAAAAGUAGUGGUGUGUCCAGUAGAGGGAUCCAGAAUGUAUGAAGCUACCAAAAAGAAUAAAAUCGGAGUGAGCAUAACUAGUUCAGGAAGAUGGCUGAGAAACAUGUUUUCAGUUAAAACGAUGAAGCAAUACGUGAUGCCUAUAUUUCUGGUUGCCUUUAUAUUACUGGUCAUGCUUCUUAGUAUGUUGGGAGUCUCACAGCAAGUGAAAUGGCUUAGGCGUGUUCUCGUUUUGACGAGCAGCUGAAGUUAAAUACCUAUCUGGUAUGUUGUUUUACUAAUAUUUAGAGUGGGAGUUGAAAAAGGAAUGAGUGUCUGCACUAUGCUUGUGGUAUUUGAGCUUAAUACUUAAUUGUUUCAAUUCAAAUGUACAGGGUGAGUGCCUGUGAGUGUAAAUAGAUUGUGUAAUAGAGGUAGAACUUUAGAUGGUGGCUAUAAACUAAUAUACAACCAUUUGUUUGUACUUUGAUUUGCCUGCAUGAAUUAUUACCCGUUUACAGCUGAAAUGUU